GCCAGCGGUCGGCGACGCCUGUUGGCUAGUUCCGCGUGCUGUUGUUCGGCUUCCGACGCCCCGCGCCAUGGCCUCCGCCGGAGUGUCCGGUGGGCGACAAGCCGAGGACGCGCUGCCGCCGCCACCCGAGCCACUGCCCGAGUCCAAGCCGCCUCCGCCCCAGCCGCCACCGGUCGCCGCCCCACCGCAGCCGCCUCAGCCUCGGCCGCAGUCCCCCGCGGGCGUGAAGGAGGAGAACUACUCCUUUUUACCGCUGGUUCACAACGUCAUCAAAUGCAUGGACAAAGACAGCCCAGAUGUCCACCAGGAUCUGAAUGCCCUCAAGACAAAGUUCCAGGAGAUGCGGAAGUUAAUUAGCACCAUGCCCGGCAUCCACUUGAGCCCUGAGCACCAGCAACAGCAGCUUCUCAGCCUCCGAGAGCAAGUCAGGACCAAGAAUGACCUUCUGCAGAAGUACAAGAGCCUCUGCAUGUUUGAGAUCCCCAAGGAGUAGGGCCUGCUCCCAGGAGGGCCACACCCUUAAUGGGUAGCUCCUUGGGAGCCCAGCUCUGAACUGUGAGGCCAGAUGGGGCAGCAUGGGGCCUCAGUGGCUGUACUCAGCCUUCACUCCAGCAAGUUUUGUGUGUAUAUGAUAUGUAAGGACUUGUUCAUGGGGGCCUCCUGCCCCUGGAGGGGCCUUCUGCUAUGUCUGGGCCCCAGGCCCCACUAGCAGACUCAGAGAGCAUAGUGGGAGAGAAGGUGGCUGUUGGCUUCCUGCUCUCUGCACUUCCCACAGUGAUACCAUCAGCCCGUACCUGGUACAUACUGUUCCCCUUAGCAGUUUCAUGAAACAUUUGCAUAGAAUUCACUGGGUGAAUUAGGCCUGCACUCAGAUGGCAUGAAUUUAAUUAAAGAAGGCUGUGAGAGAGUGAACAUUAUUUUGAAAAGCCAAGGGGUGGGUGGCUUCUUUCUCAAAACAGUUUAGUUCCUUUUAUGUUUGAGCUGGUGAAUGGAACUGUAUCUCUAGGGGCAUCAGCCCACAUUCCUGCUGGUCAGCUACCCACUCUAGUCUCCUGCAUGCUUUCCUUACACUCAGCUUUUUCUCUCUCUAUCUCUGUCACUCUAGGCAGUGCUGAGAAUAGCCAAAGCAGCUCUUCCCUGGCGCCCUUUGUCCUUCUCAUAAGGGCUCAAAGAGGCUGUUAGGCAAGUGGCUCUGACCUGAUUCACAGCCCUUGGCUUACAGAGUUGUCUCCCUUGCCAAGGAGUAAGCCACAUUUGCUGCCCUGCACACAGUCCCUGCACACUUUAGGUUUGGAGGAGAGUGACUGUAGGGGACAGUUGGGAUGGUCCAUCAGCCAUGGGGGUUGUGGGGUCUGGGUCAUGUGCAAAGGGCAGGGGAGCUAGGCCUAGCUACAUUCUACUUCUUAAGUGUGUCCAGCUAGUCCCAGGUGCGACACUGCUGUCCCCAUGGCUGUGUGUGAAAGGAGGUCUCAGGUUCCAGUGGCUUUGGCAGAAGAGCUGGCCCUGAGUUAGAGUAGUGGGCACCUAGACCAGCUCUACCUCAGGACUGUUGUUUAACUGAAUCAGUUCUUUUCUGGAAAUUUCGGAGCAGUGGGUGAGCCAGUUUUAAGGCUCUGACCAAACCCCAUGAAGCACAGAGCACAUGAAGUGUAAGAACUUGAAAUCUUUCAGCCAGGAGCACUCCUUGCAGGGCUGGAGGGAGGUGGAGCCUUCUCUCUGUUCCAAUGUCAGCACCUGUAACGUUUUUCAAAUGUGUAAUUAAAAGUAUGCUCUGCUCUCAGGACA